UAGAGUCUUGUCAAACUUACGUAUUCGGUUUCAUAGGUCAAAUAGUAAACGUUGUUUUUAUAAGUUAAUCGCGAAAUCCGCCCUUCGUGUUUAAAUUGUCAUCUUUUUUCAUAAUAAAAAGUUUUACUUAGAAAUUUUCACUGCUCCCAUUUUAAUUUUUAAUUAUGCAAUGGUAUGCAAAAAAUAACAAUGAAAAUAAAAGAGAUUUGUAUAAGAUUUCUAGUGAUUAUAUUGGUGCUAUAAUAUGCCUCAUUGGGCUAAUUGGAAAUGUAUUAUCCAUUGUUGUAUGGCGAAAAAUUAACAAAAAAAGAUCUGAUUCAGGUAAAAGUGCUGGUGUCCUUUUAAUAAUAUUAGCAUUUGCUGAUUCUGGAUUACUGGUCAUGUUUUUUUGUACUGAGACUAUUACAAAGUUACAUUCUGAUAUAGAAAAAAAUGUAUAUUUUGUUACAUUCUAUUCAUAUUUUGGAUUUCCAAUGUUCUUCUACUUCAUAUGUUCCAGUAUAUGGAUGAUUGUCUGUGUAUCAGUAAACCGUUUUGUUGCUGUUGUAUACCCAUUAAAGGUGAGAAAAUUUAAUAGCCUGAGAGUAACAUAUUUUAUAGGUUUUAUAACUCAACUAUUUGCAUUUAUUAUUAACAUACCACACUUUUUCAAUUAUCAUCCAGAAAAAAGUAAUAUAACAGAAUGGAAAUAUUCACUAACUUACUACGGAAGCAGUGAUAAAGCUUUUUACUAUGAUUUUUGGGUACAUUGUAUUUUUUUGGUUCUUGCACCAUGGAUAACAAUUUUCUGUUUAAAUUCUGUAAUUAUUUUUCGACUUCUUACCAAGCCAAACUUUGUAACAAACAAAAAAUCUAAAAGCAAUCGAGAAAAACAGACCACUGUUAUUUUGUUAACAGUUACAGUAAGUUUCCUUAUUUUUUUGCUUUGGCAGUGUUUGACUCAAUGUUUUUACAUGCAAUGGAAUAGAAACAAGCAUUCGAGUGAUGUUGAAAAAGCAUUUGAUUUUGCAAAAUUAGGAGUUGUAAUUAACUCUUCUAUGAACUUUGUUCUUUAUUGUAUCUCUGGCACAAUGUUUAGAAAUGAAUUUUUGAAAAUUUUCAUAAAUCUCUCCCAAAAAGGUUAUAAUACCUUAGAUAGUUCUAAUUCUUCUAAAUCGGAUAGUGUUUUAACCACUAACAGUUCAAUAGAUGAUGUAAAAGCUCUUAUUAAAGAUGCACCUAAUGAAAAUGAGGAAUAUAAUCAUACUAUCUGAGUAUAAUUGGCUAUUUAAAGAUGUUUUGUAUAUAAAAUUUUUUAAUUUUUUUUUCUAUUUCUGUAA